AACACACACCGUCAACAUUGGACACAAGCACCAACAGCGCCCGCCUCGCCCUGCGUCCCGCACACUUCAGAGCGCAUCGGUGCCAAUUAUGAGUAGCAUCGAUUCCUGGCCUGGCAGCGUGGACGAGGCCCAACACGAAGGACGCCAAAGAUGAGCAGCUCCGCCAAUCCAUGGCGUGUGGAGCAGAGAGUCGAGUUGAAUGAUGGGCGAGUGGGCACAGUGCGCUUCGUAGGCACGACAGCGUUUGCUGAGGGGCAGUGGGUCGGCGUGGUGCUCGAAGAGCCGUCGGGCAAGAAUGAUGGCUCCGUCCAAGGCAAGCGGUAUUUCGAGUGCACCGCUCCCUACGGCAUCUUCUGUCGUCCCAAUGGCAUUAGCGGCGUGGUCGAGGAGCCCAGAGCGAAACAAGCGACCAAGCCCGUUGGCAAUGGAGCGCCGGUCAAGGGACGACCGAGCAGCAUGCACGCAGCCGCGACAGGAGCCCGCCGGCAAACAUUGACCCAGCCUGGGCCAGGGAAGCGUGCUAGCGUUGUCGAAGGCACUCCCACGCCAGCACCUCGACUUGCCAGCGGCAUUCGCUCGCCUAUCAAGUCUCCCACCAAACAAUUGGGCACCGGCGCCACAUCCAGCGUCACCAGUGCAUCGACCUCGCGGACAGGUACGCCUCCAGUCGCCGGCAAGAGACCAGCAGCCUCCAAGCCGCGAACAAGCGUUGCUCCAGGCACUGCUGCUGCGGGCAGAAGGACGUCGACAGUGCUAGGAGUACCUUCUAAUGCGCCAGCUCGGCCCACCAAAGCUCCGGGCACUGUGUCCUCGCGAGCAGCCCCCGCCCGCACUUCUUUGGCCAAAACCGCUACUGCCGCCCGACCAUCUGUACCAGGACGACUGGGGAUCAAACCAGCAACACGCCAGCGUCUGAAUGCUACAACUGAAGAAGGCACCAGCGAUGAGGCCAGCGAGGCCGCUUCUACGCGGGACAGUAUCGUCUCUUCCUCGGCAGCCAGUCAACGGGACACAGACGCCGAGAACGAAGAGGAUGAUGACGAACAGGUCGAAGACACCGUUACGAGCUUCGCUCCACCACCUCCUCCAGUACCUACAUCACCGACCGCGAGCACAGCCCGAUCACGCAGGCCUUCCUCGCCGACUGCUGCGUCAAUACACUCGCAACGAACAAUUCGGAGCACAGCACAGGAUAAACGCCGUCUCGAAGAGCUCGAGGCUACGAACGAGCUGUUGAAACGCAGGCAGGCCGAAGAUCGAGGUUUGAAGCAGGAGCUGCAGAAGAUGCAAAAGGAACGCGAUGACGCGAGGAAUAUCAACGAUAAAUUGACGAUCAAGGCAAAGGCUCAACGAGAGGAGCUGGAAAAGCUCAAGAAAACGGUUGCCGACUACGAAACGCAGGUGAAGUCUGUAGAGGACUUGCAAGCUCAGCAUGACAUGGACUUAGAAGUCGCUCUGCUUGACCGUGAGAUGGCAGAAGAGAUGGCGGAGAACCUGAAGGCCGAUCUCGAAGAGGUUCGAGCGCGGAACCAAGAAAUCGAGCUGGAGCUCGACAUCCUGCGUGAAGAGAACAGUGAGCUGAGUAAAGAAAUGAGCCCAGAGGACAGGAAUAGUGCUGGUUGGUUACAACUGCAGAAGAGUAACGAUCGGCUCAAAGAGGCACUGUUGAGUUUACGUGAUAUGACAAGAGAUAAUGAGGCGGAACUGAAGGCACAAAUAACCGCAAUGGAAGAGCAGAUCAAGGACAUGGACAGUGUGAGGAGCCAACUGGAAGAGACAAUGGAGAAGCUGCUACGCGCUGAAGCGGACGGCAAUGACCUGCGGGAGCAACUCGAAGUGGCCCAAAAUGCAGAAGAGAUCAUGGAGAAGCUUUCGGACGAGAAUAUGACCCUGAAAGAGCAGAUUAACGACUUGAAUGCCAUCAUAGAAGACCUCGAAGACUUGAAGGAAGUUAACGACGAACUUGAAAUCAACCACGUUGAGACAGAAAAGCAGCUGCAAGAGGAAAUGGACUUCAAGGACAGCCUCUUGCUCGAUCGGGAACGCACUGCCAGGGAGCAGCAAGCAGCACUUGACGAGGCAGACUACAACAUCAGCCGGUUCCGCGCGCUCGUGAGCCAGAUGCAAAGCGAUUUGCAGGACCUUGAAGCCAGCAAGCAGAUCUCACAAGCCGAAGCCGAGGAACUAUCGAGCAAGUCGAGAGCCAUGCUCGACCUUAAUCACAAGCUACAGUCCAGUGCAGCCAAGACUCAAGUCAAGACGAUUGAUCUCGAGUUGCGGAAGAUGGAGGCCGACGAGGCAAAGGAACACCUGCAGAUCGUGCAGCUGUUCUUGCCCGAGUCUUUCCAGGCCGAGCGGGACAGUGUACGGGCCCUUCUUCGAUUCAAGAGGAUAGGCUUCAAGGCAACCUUAGUCCAAGGUUUCCUCAAGGAGCGUAUUUCGUCCUUUGGCACUCGCGGCUUGGACGAAGAAGCCUUCGCUGCCUGCGAUGCACUUGACAAACUCACGAUGAUGGCAGGUAUGGCCGAUCGCCUGACCAGGUCAAUUAGCCAUUGCUCUGCCCAGGCCUUUGCCAAUUACGGCGGAGCAUACUACGAGCUGGAAGUUGUGGAACGCACAAUGGAUAGCUAUGUCGACGCCCUUCGCCAAGAUGAACUCAAGGAAAGCGAGAUGACCGUUCGUCUUGGGCGUUCUAUCGAGGUAAUGACUCAUUUGUCUAGCCUCAAUCUGCAUAACGGGCUUGCGGACCAUGCCGAUGAUCUUGUCUCAAGAACGCAACUUUUACAGAGCCACCUCGAUAGCACAACGUCGGCUUUGCUCGUAACGAAGAUAUUGAUCGAAAAAGGCCUGCCAAAGCCAUCCGAAGAUGCAGAGUUUGAGGAUGAAAAUGUGACUGAUACCGCACUCAUCGUCAACAGGAUAAAGGGCAUUACAGAACUUGCCAGGAACGCAAAGGUUCUCUCAGGAAAGACGCUGCGCUCCUUGAUGGAAUUAGAGGAGCGAUCUUUGACGCUCGAAGAAUCUUUCAUCGAUAGGUUUGAGAGUGUCGAGCAGAUGGCCACUCAAAUCACGGCAUACGCUUGUCGUAGCGGCGCUGCCUUGCAAGAUCUCUUCGACGAGGAGGGACGCUCAGCACCUGUCACUCCAUCUGAUGUUAGCGCAGUGCUUUCAAGGACUGCUGCCAGCAUAUUCUCGCUUUCGUCUUCAGAGGCCGGGCCAUAUGCCACUCUCAAUACUCGCCUGCGCGAUUUGAGCGGCUUGCUGUCGGAUGUAGCUAGCAUACCGACGGACCUAGACAAUACGGUCGAGUUUGAACGAGCCGCAUCGCCUUGGGUUGCUCGCGCACAAGAGCUCAAGAACAUGAAGGAGGCCAACGUCGAUAUCGAGGCAGAGCUUGCUCGAGCCCAAGUCGCCAUCAAUGAGAGAGAUGGCUUGCUCAAGCAAAAAGAGGUGGAACUCAACGAGCAGACAGUAAGAAUCGAAAUGCUUGAGGCGCGCAUGAAAGAUGCGAGCAAGAGAUCAGCCAAGAUAGCGGAGCUUGAGAAAGAACUUCGGGAGGCGAAGACUGCAGAGAGCAAGGCAAAGGCUGAGCUUGCACGUUUCCAGCAAAGUGCCGCGGAAGAUAUUGACCGAGUCAGAGAGGAAAUGGCUCGGGUCACGGAGGAACGAAGGAAGCAGGGUCUCGGUGCCAAUGAAGGCAUUGACGGUGACGCAGUCGGGUCCAAUGCUGCUGCGGCCAUGCAGCGCCAAACGUAUCGAAUCGCAGGGUUGGAAGGUGCCGUGCGGCAUCUUAAGCACGAGAAUCACAAGCUGCGCCUGCCACAACGUCAAUUCUCCCGCAACGCCUGGCUGGAAGACUCGACAACGCUCACGACACAGCGAAGGCAGCACGUUGCGGCUCGUGUGGAGGGCGACCGUGCGCUUCAGACGCUCCUGGAGCUGGCGACACAACCAGCCAGUAUUGAUUUGACAAAGACACCGGACAACAAAUUAGCCUGGAGACCUGCGAAGCAAACUCCAAGAUGGCAGAUUGAAAUGCGCAAGGGCCAUUGGGCGGAGUUCGAGCAGUGGCGUGAGAGCCUAAUCAAUGCAACGGGUGAUAACAAUGGUGGGAUUCGGUUCAAAUCGGUUUCCCAGGGAGUACAGGUCUAGGUGCUGCUCCAAAGCAAGCGAAAGCAUCCUCUUUAGCGAAGAUACCCCAAAUGUGACAUGAGCGUGCUGUACUAUUACGAAAUUUGCACCUUCGCACCAUGAGCCUUAACUUGCAGCGAACGACCUAGUA